GAUGUAACAGACCUCAUGGAUUUUCAAGAUGGCUGACUGGAGUCAAGGGCAAUGAAGAGGAAAGUAAAUUGGUUUUUGUCCAGGACUUUGGACUUUCUGUAUCUCUGUGCCCAUAACUACUGAGUAAAUAGACGUGAAGGCAUCCUCUUACUGCAGCCUGGAAAACAUGAAUUUCCAUUUAGCUUUCAGCUUCCAUCUGAACCUUUGGUAACCUCAUUCACCGGGAAAUAUGGAAGUAUUCAGUACUGUGUGCGAGCGAUUUUGGAACGACCCCGGGUACCUGAUCAGAGUGUUAAGCGGGAACUCCAGGUCAUAAGUCACAUCGAUGUCAACACACCAGCGUUGUUAGUAAGUUCUUCUUUCCUCUCUUCCUCCUUCCCUCCUGUCCUCCUUCCUUUUAGCUGUGGUCCCUUCAUUUAGCAAGUCUGGUGGUAGCCUAUCCUGUCACUUUCUGAUGUAAUCCUGUAACCCAUAGGCAUUUACUAUAAAUAUGUGAUUCUAAGUUGGGCAAAUUACAAAUUGUGUGUGUUAAUAGUAUUGAUUGUGUCCCUGUUGUUCAGGGCUUCUUUUGCCAAGAAGUUACAUGGGCUUGAAAUGCAUUAAUAAGGCUUAAUAAUAAUAAUGCACACACACAGAGUAGUCUCUUUGACCAGAGCAGCCACAUUCGCAGGGCUGUGGUAUUCUAAACUCUUCCCUAAUAGCAGGUUGAGGAACAGUAAUUACAGAAGAGUAUUAAUCACACUCAGCCUGUUAUUGAGGCUCAGGCCAUUAUGCUGUGUCUCCUUGCAUUUUGCAUGUCAUUUUCUAACAUUAAGUAAGUGCAUGCAGCUGCUCUGGAGAUCCUUUCACUUAUCAUUUCCUUAUGACAGAUUUGGCCACAUUAAAGCAUUGAACUUCUAAUAAUCACCAGAAAUACUGUAGGCUGAUAAGAAAGAUUAGGCUAUAAGUAACAACAGAAUAGGCAAGAUGGGAGCUAAUGAGCUAGAUUCUUUUAUCUAAACCCAUAUUAUCAAAAUAAUAUAAAAUUAUACCUUGUACUUUCAUGAUAGCUACUAGGACCUAAUGGUUCUUCAUUUAAAUAUCAAUGAAUGAUUUUUUUUUUUACUUCAUAAUUUAAACUUUCCAUUAUGAUACUGAUGUUACAGAGAUGUAUUUUUAGUAUUGGGGGUUUCUCUUUCUAGCUAGUGUUUUUAAAGAUUAAAAAAAAAAAACAGGAGUUAAAAGUUGUUUAGCUCUAUCUUCACACAAAAUGAAAUAGAAUUUACUCUAAUGUUCACCUUUAUAUUACGAAAAUAUAACACAUACGCCCUGGCCGCACAAUGUCUUAUGGCCGGAAUCAUACAAUAGCUAGCAUCCAUCUGACUCAGCUUGUAGCUAUGACUUACCACCUGCUCAAUACCUAUUUUGAAAAUAGAUGAUGCUAAUACCUGUCUUCUGUUUUUAAAACCUACUUAGAAUUAGGUGGUUAACUAAUUCUAAACCCUUUAUGGGGCCAUUUUGGCAAAUAAUUUAUUUUAUUUCUUGGCAAAAAGAGGUACUAUUUAUCCUUGACUAUUCUUUUAUGAUGAAAAAAUAGAUUGCAUCUUUGGGUUUUACAGUGAGCUUCUGGCUUGUUCACCUUGUAAAUAAUGUUUUAAACCUUGUUGUGUUACUCUCAAUACUGUAGAAUAGAAAGUGGGGUGGUGAGUUCAGUAAUCUUUUAGAUCCAUUGCCCUGGGUGUGUUAUUGCACUGCCAUUGCACAAAACCCCCAAAUCAUUUUAAAUUAAGGACACUUGAAAUUUCUACCUAAUAGUGCAUUUUGAAGUAAGUACAAAAGACUCUUUGCUUAUUAUACAUUUUAAAUGCCAGGACAAAUAGAAUAAUCUGAUUAUGGAUUUUUAUACCAUUUUUCCUUUUCCUGAUCUUCACAUAAAGUCUUAAAAAAAAAGUAGUUCUGUCAUAUUUAUAGGUACUACUAUAGUUUUUUUUUUUUUUUUUGGAAGGAUGGUAUAUCAUUUCCUGGAAAUACAAUGAAAAUAUAGGAUAAAAUAGGAUGAUAUCACCCUAAUUUGAAUCUGAAAAUUCACCUUAGUUUUUGUGAAAAGGGAAUGAUUUUUUAAUGCUUUGUCUUUCAAUAAAUAUUUUGCUUAUGUUAUGGGAGGAUAAGAAAGUUUGAUCUGUUUUUUGGAAGACAUUUCUUUACAACUAUUUAAUGAAGAAUGAUAUAAUUUUAAGUUCUGUGAUUGUUACAGACUGGUUUAAUUAAAGUAAUUUAUUUAUUUGAACUUUUCAAGACCCCUGUAUUGAAAACUCAAGAGAAAAUGGUUGGCUGUUGGUUUUUCACUUCUGGUCCAGUCUCGUUGAGUGCCAAAAUCGAAAGAAAGGGCUACUGUAAUGGAGAAGCUAUUCCAAUCUAUGCAGAAAUAGAGAAUUGUUCCUCCCGUCUGAUUGUUCCCAAAGCUGCCAUUUUCCAGACCCAGACUUACUUGGCCAGUGGGAAAACAAAGACUGUGCGGCACAUGGUGGCCAAUGUGCGCGGGAACCACAUCGCAUCCGGGAGCACUGACACCUGGAACGGGAAGACCCUCAAGAUCCCACCUGUGACACCGUCCAUCCUGGACUGCUGCAUCAUCCGUGUGGACUACUCCUUAGCUGUGUAUAUUCACAUUCCUGGUGCUAAAAAAUUGAUGCUUGAACUGCCCUUAGUGAUUGGCACGGUUCCAUAUAAUGGUUUUGGCAGCAGAAACUCCAGCAUUGCCAGCCAGUUCAUUAUGGAUAUGAGCUGGUUGACACUGACUCUGCCAGAACAGCCUGAAGCUCCACCAAAUUAUGCAGACGUGGUGUCAGAGGAAGAAUUCUCUAGACAUGUUCCUCCUUACCCUCAACCCCCUAACUGCGAGGGGGACUCAUGCUGCCCUAUGUUUGCCUGCAUUCAGGAAUUCCGGUUUCAGCCUCCACCUCUUUAUUCAGAGGUUGAUCCACAUCCUAGUGACAUAGAAGAAACCCAGCCUGUUUCCUUCAUCCUCUGAACAUAGUUCAGAAAUCACUGUGUUCCUCAUCAAAUUAGAACAUUGGUUCUUUCCCCCUGCCUUUUUGGGGAAGAAGGAAGAUUAGCUUCAGAACAUAAAUGAACAUCAAAACUGAAGGUGAUGGAAAUUAGAGAAUGCGUGAACUUUCCAGUGGGCCAACAGGAUUGUUGCACAAGUUUGUGGUGUGGUCUUGUUUUUCCCUUUGAACAAAGGGAUGAAGAUCUAGAAAGUCACAGAAUGUAAUGGUGGAAGUCCUGGUGGGAUAGAGUAAGUGGAGGGGUGCCUGUGCUGACCCGAGAAGGGUGUCUACGAAUAGUGGUGACACUGUGCGAGCAUAUCUUCAUAAAGGUUUCUCGAAGUGGAACGGAAGUAUCCUAGGCUUUAAGGCAGUAUGUACUUGUGGGGAGGAGACUUGUUGUUGGAGAAUGUAGCAGCACAAGGGUGUAUGUGAAUCAGAAAGUGGCCCACUCUCCAUAUGAAGUGAGACCUCUGGCGUCAGGGUCUUUUUGAUUUCUUAUCUUAUUCUGUAGGACUGAAGUCCUUAAAAGAGUCCUUUACUAAUAAGAUCAUGGUCUUAUCAGGUCCUAUUGAAGUGAUACAGUUUUCACUCUUUUAAUGGUAGUUUAAAAUAUUGUUUAUAAAUUGGCUAUACAGUAUUAUGAAACCAAGAAAGAGUUUCCUUGAAAGACUUGUCAGUUGAAAGGGAAAGAUGAAUUUCGGUAUGAAAGCAUACUUUGUUGAAGGUUGCACUUUUUACUCCCUUUAAGUACUUUAGCAGGGUACAUGUUUGAUUUUCCUUAUGUCUUAUUUACCUAGGAGAAUAUUAGAAAAGAAGGAUUUUAGAAAAAAUAGCUUACAUCCUUAGGAUGACUUGAUAACUGCACAGGGGAAGGAAAAAAAAAAAUAAAGAGGCCUUUUCUUACCUACCUCUAGUGGGGUUAUCAGAUCAGAUACGUUUUAAAACCCCAGGCCUGAGAAGUUCUCUUUGGAGCUCCUGCUAAUUUGCAGCAGCAGUCUCAUCUUUCCUCUCCCUGGACCCAAAACUGGACCAAGGGUGAAAUGUACAAGGUUGGCAUUCAGUGAAAGUUAGUAUAGUAUACCAAAGUGUCUUUCAAAAUAAAUCCAAAAUCAAGAAGAUAGAAAUUCCGUUUUUUUUUUUUAAGUCAUAAACUUAAUUUCUGUUAAGACACAUGAGUCCAUUGAUGAGCAGUCAAUGUGUUGUACAUUGUUAUUCCAGUUCUUUAGUAAUUCUGUUUAAACUGUGAUUUUCUUUAUUGUUUUGGUGCAAUAUUUUAUUAUCAUUUAACCUCAGGAUAUUCAGACCAACAAGAUUGUGUUGCUGCUAAAAGUCUGAGCAGUGUUUUUACCGUCCCCCUCUCCCCUAGUCACGGCCACAUGUUCACUUGUUUUUCCUUAAAUUUGUUGGUUUUGUGAGCUGAGCGCAUUUCUAGACACUAAGUGGAAGGGAGGUAGAGAAUCCUGCAAGAGUGAUUUGGGCCCGAUUUUGGACCAGCCCAGUGUUUUGAUUUUUUCCAUGUCCUAAGGGUUUGAUCUAGAAACCCUGGUGCUUCCCAUGCGGAAUACUGUGCUUCAUUCGACCAGUUAGCUUUUCUUUGGGUCAGUAUAUUCAGUUAGAAAUAGAAAAGUUCUAAGGUUAAAUUUAUAUUUAAAAAUUAGUUGGCCAUUCAAUCAGGGAUUUUUAUACAAACGUUAGAUAAAUGUAUGCUUUUCACCCUUCUGGACGUACCUCCCUCCCCUGUUAUCAUGUAAGGAUCAUAAGCAGUUCUUUUCACGGUAACCACUGUUGAAAAUCACAGUGCAAACCCUUUUACCAAUAAUUGUGGUACUGAAAUUGUCACAAAACUUUAUUCCCUGCUUUGGUUUUUAGUGAUAUUUUUAUUUUGUUUAGUUUUUAGCUGUGUGUAUUUAAGUGCUGUUAAAAUACUUUUUUGGCUUUUUUUUUUAAACUUUAAAAAAUCAUCAUCAGCUAUUUCUUGACUAAUAGGUUGUAGUUUACAUGUUUUGUCAAGACAUUGUUCCGCUCCAUAAUACCAAAACAAGGUGAAAGAAGCAAAACAAAACAGUGUGGAGGAAGAGAAAGUUUAAUUAUCUGGCUCCGUGGAGAAAAGCAACUGCCUAAUGGAAUCCUUCACUAGGAUUGUUUUGUCCCUUUUAUUAAAGGAAUCAUUAAGUGUGCCCACCAAAUUGAAGCUGAUUUUGUAGCACUUAAGAGAUAGCUAAAAGGUAUGAUUUGCCUUAUUGAAUUGAUAUUGGUAUAUCUGACCUUAAGCAGUAGGUUGAAACUGCAUACCUUUUUAUAAUCAAGAAAUUUGGUGAAUGUAGAGGAUGUGACAGUGGAACAGAGAAUACUUGGGAAUGAAGGUAAAAAUUUAGCUGCUGUUAUUUGCUUGUUUAUUCUCCUCUUGUUUAGUUCACAAAGAAACCGUGGCCUUAGAAUUUUCUUUUUGAUGCAAAAAUUUUGAAAUUGAGAAUGUGCAUCUUUUGGCACACAAAAUCCUUCCAUGGGCAGAACUUUCAUGUUUUUGUUUUGCACAAUAAGAAACUCAAUAGGCAGGGGUUAUGUUUUUGAUAAGUUAACUAUGAAAGCUUUUUAUUUUUAUUAUAAAAUGUAACAACUUAACCCACAGGAAAAAAAAAAUAAAGAUUGUAUUUUGUACUCUUGUCUGAACCCCAUGGGUUCUUUUUGUUAAUAAAAUGAUUACACUGAU